UAACUAAAUGUGCCAUUAGAUACGCAUUUACGACACAAUUUAGUACACCGCUGUUUAAGGUAUCCGGUAAUCUAUGAUCCUAAUACAUCCAUCUCGGGCAUUCGCCGACAGUAUCCGUGUAAAAAGCCCGGCCCCGUGAAUCUCGAAUCCCGUUAUAUCCGCGGCCCCGAAGAAGUAGUUCCAGUUUCUAAGUCACUUAGACUAAAUACGUCUAAUCUCCCUGUACAUAGGCUCAAAAUUUUCCCAUCCUCUAGGUAUAUAAAGGUGCGCGUGUUCGGUGAAGAGAGUCAACAUUCCACGACACACCAUCAUAGUCACAUAGAGCGUUUCCGCAACAUUUAACCUCUUCGUUUGACCGGUUGGCUCUACCAGAUAUCUUGUCAUUAUGUCAGAUAUUCCCACUCAUUAUCAAGCCCUUGUGCUUACUAGCAUUGGCCCUGAGAUGCGAAUUGAGCAGCGUCCGAUGCCCAAGACCGACCCAGGCAGCGUAAUCGUUCGUGUCCUCGAGACCUCAGUGCUCUCCUACCAAAACGACAUAUACAAUGGGAAGCGCCAGUACCCCCUGACUACGCCUAUUGUGGGCGGAUGCAGUGCUGUCGGGCGCAUCGUAGCAACCGGCCCCGACGCGACUAUCUUGAUGCCAGGCCAGCUAGUAUGGGUUGAUUGCGUCGUGCGUGCGCGCGAUGACUCGGAGGCAAUCUAUCUAUGGGGCAUCCAUGAGGGCUACAGUCCGGGCAGCCAAAAGCUCAGCAAGGAGAUUUGGCACGACGGAACAUUCUCACAGCUCGCUAAAGUGCCGUUGGAAAACUGCUUCCCCUUAAAUGAAGCCAGGCUGUUUGGAGAGUUAGGAUACUCGGCUCGCGAGCUGAUCUACCUUUCACAUUUGCUUGUGCCCUUUGGGGGUCUGAGAACUAUUGACCUCAAACCGGGCGAGACUAUCGUGAUAUGCCCGUCAACAGGGGGGUUCAGCGGAGCUGGUGUCCAGGUGGCACUAGCAAUCGGUGCCAGAGUCAUCGCCAUGGGUCGGAAUGAGAUGGAACUCGCACGUCUCAAGGCUUUCGUGACGAAGGGAACACCAUGGGCCAAUAUCGAGACGGUCAAGGUCACUGGCGAUCAAGCGGCCGACACAGAAUCGCUCAAAGCCUUCGGUACUAUAGACGCUGUCCUGGAUCUAUCGCCACCGGCGGCGGCACAGGCAACGCACCUCCCUAGCGCAAUAGCCGCACUACGGCGUGGCGGACGGAUCAGUGUAUUGGGAUCGGUGGGACAACCUAUUGUGGGCUGGUCGUUCUUAUCCAAGGACCUUCAGUUGAAGGGUAAAUUGAUGUACGAGCGUGAGGAUGUGAUCCUGUUCAUUAAGAUGCUGGAGGCGGGGCUUUUCGCUAGAGGUACAGAUCUUGUAGAGACCAAGCCUUUCCCGCUGGAAGAUUGGAAGGCAGCUUUUGACAUGGCGGCCGAGUAUACCGGUGUUGGCAGGAUCGUGACGCUCACACCAUAACUCUGUCUUCAUCGUGUGGUCACACCAGAUAUUUUGCUAGUUCAUGGUACAUAUAAUCUCAUGCAAGAGGAAUUCGAUCAACCAUUAUCUUCCUCCACUUCUUUCAGGCUUUGCCAUACAUGUCUCGCAACAUGGAUACGGUUGAAAUGGAGGUUCUUGGGUCCCAACUGUGCAAGUCGCAGGACAACGAGCAAACACAUAGCUAUGCAUCACUUCCGAGUCGCCAUCGUCGGCGGUGGGCUGGCUGGAGCGACGCUGGCGACUGCGCUGGUACAGUUAUCCAAUAUGGAUGUUCGAAUUUUUGAAUCUGCGCCCGAGUUCUCUGAACGUGGUGCCGCAGUUGGACUUGGAAUCAAUGCUCAGAUGGCUCUCAACGAGAUCAUAUCUGCUCCUCCAGCAGUGGCUUUGCUCGACAAGGCCGAGGGCGUACCUAUCAACACACCCUAUGCGGUCAGUCUGGUUUGCAGGCGGAUAAG